GAUACCAGUGAAGACCAUCAAUGGGUCAUCUGUGACGGUCCAGUGGAUGCCCUGUGGAUUGAGAACAUGAACACUGUGUUAGACGAUAACAAAAUGUUAUGUCUUGCCAAUUCGGAACGGAUCAAGUUGACCAACUACGUUCACAUGCUAUUCGAAGUACAAGAUUUGGCUGUGGCUUCGCCGGCCACG